AUGGCCAAAUCCGCAAGCAAGGUGGCAAAGCCUUCUAAGGCUGAGUCCAAGGCCGUCAAGAACGGCGGCAUCACCAAGGCCUCCCAGACCCCUAAGGCUAAAGCCAAGGACACUGCUAAGGCUACAGCCAAAAACAUUGAGAAGAAGAAGAAGGUCGUCGAGCCCGAGUCCUCUGAGUCUGAGAGCGAGUCUGAGGCCAGCGCCAGCGAGGAGUCUGGCUCUGACUCUGACUCUGACGCCUCCGAGGAGGAGGCUCCCAAGAAGGCUGUUGCCAACGGAAAGAAGAACAAGGCUGCUGAUAGCUCUGAUUCCGAGUCCGAGGAUUCCGAGUCUGAGGAGGAGAAGCCCGCCGCCAAGACCAGCGGCGCUGCUAAGACAAACGGCAAGGCCGCCGAGGAGUCGGACGAUUCUGAUAGCGACGACUCUGACUCUGACGAAGAGGAGGAGGAGAAGGCUGCCCCCAAGGCCAAGGAGGCUGAGGCCGACUCUGAUGACUCUGACGACAGCGACGACUCUGACUCUGAUGAGGAGGAGGAGAAGACUGAGGCUGCUCCUUCCAAGAAGCGCAAGGCCGAGGAUGAAAUUGACGAGGCCCCCAAGAAGGCCAAGUCUGAUGCCCCCACCACCCUUUUCGCAGGCUCCCUGAGCUGGGGCAUCGACGAUGACGCUCUGCAUGAGGCCUUCAAGUCCUUCGGCGGCCUCGUCAGCGCCCGCGUCGUCAUGGACAAGAACACCGGCCGCAGCCGUGGCUUCGGCUACGUCGACUUUGAGGACAACGAGUCUGCUACCAAGGCCUACGAGGCCAUGCAGGGCCAGGAGGUUGAUGGCCGUGCCCUGAACCUCGACUACGCCAACGCCAAGCCUGCUGAGGCCAAGCCUCAAGACCGUGCCGCAGAUCGUGCCAAGCGCCACGGCGACACCCUCAGCGCCGAGAGUGACACUCUUUUCGUUGGCAACCUGCCCUUUACCACUGAUCAGGAUGCUGUCCGCGAGUUCUUCGCCGAGGUUGCCGAGGUUGCCAGCGUUCGUCUGCCUACCGACCCUGAGUCCGGUAACCUGAAGGGAUUCGGCUAUGUUAGCUUCAACUCCGUUGAGGAUGCCAAGGCUGCUCUCGAGGCCAAGAGCGGCGCUUCCCUCGGCGACGGCAGAAUGUCCCGUGCUAUCCGCCUCGACUUUGCCGGCAGCCGUCCUCCUCAGAACGGCGCCGGCGGUGGCCGUGGUGGUUUCGGUGGUUUCGGUGGCCGUGGUGGUGGCCGCGGCGGCGGCCGUGGUGGCCCCCGUGGUGGUGGUCGCGGCGGUUUCGGUGGCCGUGGCGGCGGCCGUGGUGGCUUCAACUCUUCCCGCGGCGGCGGCUUCUCUGGCACCAAGAUCUCUUUCGACUAA